GGUGGCGCCACGUUGAUCUCUAAUUCCGGCAAAAUGGAGGAAACGAAGAGUAGAAGGCCCAAAGAAACAAAAUUUAAGCAGCAGAAGCUUCCAGCAUGGCAGCCCAUUCUGACAGCAGGCACAGUACUGCCGGCAUUCUUUGCUAUUGGCAUUGCAUUCAUUCCACUCGGUGUUGCUCUUCUGAUCACAUCCAAUUCUGUCAAGGAAUUUACUCAUGACUACACCCAAUGUACAACUACGGCUGGAGACACCUGUGCUUCUCAACUGGCAGCCAUUGGUACAAACAACUCGGGAUUUGUAUGUAACUGUACUGUAACAUUUACUUUACCAGAGGAUUUUGAGAAAGAUGUGUAUUUGUACUACGGAUUGUCAAACUACUACCAGAAUCACAGACGAUAUGUACGGUCUCGUGACGAUAACCAGAUACAUGGAGAUUCUGUCUCUGCUGGCUCACUGCUGUCUGAUUGUGAACCCUACCUUACCAAACCAUUCAACUCUACCCUUACCUUACCUAUAGCACCUUGUGGAGCCAUUGCCAACAGUCUGUUCAAUGACAGCUUCAGCCUGACUUACAAUGGUGGCUCAUCUGCUGAGUCUGUGACACUUCUGAACACUGGAAUAGCUUGGCUGUCAGACAAGAAGGACAAGUUCAACAAUCCUGCCAGCUGGAGUGGCUUCACCAACCCUCCAAGCUGGCCCAACAAAUAUGCCUGGACACUUGAUGAGAACAACACUGACAACAAUGGCUAUGUUAACGAAGACCUCAUUGUCUGGAUGAGGACUGCAGCUCUCCCAAACUUCCGCAAACUUCACCGCAGGAUCAGUCAUCAAGGCACCUUCCUGAAUUCCCUGCCUAAGGGCAACUACACCAUCAAUAUUAACUAUGCCUACCCAGUGACUUCCUUUGAUGGCACAAAGCAUUUCAUUAUCUCCACAACGUCCUGGCUGGGAGGAAAGAACCCAUUCCUUGGGAUUGCCUACAUUGUAGUGGGAAGUAUCUGCAUCCUGUUGGGAGUUGUCUUCCUCAUCAUUCACAUCAAGUAUGGCAAGAAAGUCUCCGAGACCAUCAAUGUAACCAGCAGAACUGCAUAUUGAGGUAGAGGAGAAUUCGCCAAGCAAGGGAAGUAAUCUGGAACAAACUUAAAAAACAUGAACUGGAGGUCACUGGCAAUAUCAACUACGUGCAAUUUCUAGAGGACUGGCCUCCUGUUCAGCUGUAGUGUACUUGACCAAAAAAACUUACAUAUUACCUUGUGGAUAUAAUAUCUUUUAUUGUUGUGUAUGUGAGAAGGAGUUGGUGCAUGUGUUGAUAUUGUGACAUUGUAUUUUACAAGUGUUUGUUUUAUGACAUGUAUUAAAAAUUGAAACAGAUUAGUAGCAAACAGAAAGUACACUUUGUCUAGAUUUCAUAUGUUUGAUAAAUUACAAGUCACUUGUUUGUUGCAAACUCUUGUAAUAUUGUGUUGGAAAACACAGAAAAAAUUACAAAGCAUACCUGAAGGAUGCUUUGCUAUCUUUUUGUAUUAGGAAAUUUUAGAUCAUGAUUAUAGACGGUUAGAUUAUUGAUAAUGAGUGGAAAUUGAAUUUAUUUGUUACGUGUCUUUAAGAUUUUUUUCAAUUUUGAUUUUAAAGACGGAAUAUGUAUGAAUGUUGAUAAGAAUAAGAAAUGACAUGUAGUUCAAGAAGAUGUGUAUGAAUGAAGAAUGGAAUUAUGAAAUCCCAGUAUAAAAUAAUAGUGACCUUAGUCUAAUUCUUUAAUUCUCAAAUCAUUCUUGCAUUAUAUUUGAGUAAUCAUAUCUCGCAAUUCAAAAUAAUAUUUCUAUUUAAGAAUAUUUAUUAAGUAGCAUACAUAAUUGCUAUAUUUAUUUAGAUACAAAUUAGACCUCUAUUGCUUUCAUACUCUUUUGUGUUCUGUCGCCAAGUAUAAUGGUCUUCAUAGUGAGCACGGAUAAGUCUUAGGGUUACUCAGCUUUCAGGAUAAAUCUAAAUAUAUGUACAUGAAUAUAAGAAAAAAAGAUAUAUGCGAGGAAGAGAUAAUCAAGAGUCUUAUCUUUAAAUUGCCAUACACCAACUUUUAGACCUUCAGUGUUUCUCAUUUGAUACUAGUCUUUAUGCUUGAUUGAUAACUUAUUAUAUAUAUCAGUUUACUUUUGAAAUCUGACUUCACCAUCACCUAACCUCUGGCACAUGCUUUUAAAGCAAGCUUUUCAUGUUUUAAAGAUAUUAACCUUCUGUUCAUUUGUUGCCUCAUUUCAACCAAGUAACAUUCAAAUACGAAAGAAUGAAAGUCAGUUCAAAUGUAGGUUUCAUUACAUUGUAAUGUUUGAGAAUUCCUGUAUCAGCUCUGGUAUGUAAUAACCGAAUGGUCCAGUUGUCUUUGACAUGUUGAUGAAGCCAGAUUUCAUUGUAGCUGAUUUUUGUUUCAGGGCACCAAGGCAAGGAACAUUCACAACUCCAGUUUUAGAAUAAACAUAUCAAUAUUCAGCUAAUCAUUAAAAUUGGGAAAACUUUGUCCUAAGAAAUUUGUAACUGCAUUCAGGUACAUCAAUUAAAAAUGAUUUGUAUUAUAUCUCAUAGGUUGCUAGCAGCUAAAGGUGUAACUCAGUAGCAAUAUUUUGGUAAUUCCUGCCUUGGUGCUCAGACUCAGUCAUUUGAUAUGAUGUCAUGGCUACAUUGUAGAUGUUAUACAUGUAUAUACAAAAUGUACAUACCGGUAUAUUGAAAUAUUUAUAUAUAAAGAGACUGUGAUUUUAAAUACUAUUAUGAUAAAUGAAAUGUAACGGGAUUGUGAGAAUGAUGUUUAUUUCACAGAUGAAUAAAUGGUUUGGUAUUUCUUAACACAAUCACACUGUACUUUUUUUCAAACACAACUCUGAAAAUUUCGUGAGGUUUUUUUAUUGUUCUAUAACUACCAUGAAUGCUUCUAUAUUGAACAUAUCAUCAGUGAGCCAAAGCAAAAUGUGUUUAGAACUGUUCAGAUGUGUUUUUAUGCUUUAAUCAGCUUUGGAAUAGAUGUGUUCUAUUUGUUUUAUCUUAUUGCACAAGUGUGUAUUGAAUAAAGUCUGGAACUGUG